UACAAACCAAACCCUAAUCACACCUCCUUCUUCAUCAUCUUCUCCAUAUAUUUUUUUUUCCUCUCUGUUGACUCAACCAAAAACUAUACUAUAUCACUCUUCCUGUUUACUCGCCUCUCUCCGAUCUAUAUAUAAUUCACUUUCUUCUUACUUCAGUUUUGGUCGGUUCAUUUUUUUUUCUUGGUUUGAGUUAUGGCCAACCGGUGGUGGACCGGGUCCGUCGGUCUUGAGAACUCGGGUGACUCGAUGAGGAAACCGGAUCUGGGAUUUUCCAUGAACGAGAGUGCGGUGACUGCGAACCACGCGGGGGAAGAAGAGGAGGAGAAAGAAAACAGCGACGAGCCCAAAGAGGGAGCUAUUGACGUGGCCAGCACGCGCCGCCCGAGGGGUCGUCCACCGGGCUCAAAGAACAAGCCCAAACCGCCGAUAUUCGUCACCCGAGACAGCCCCAACGCGAUGCGAAGCCACGUCAUGGAGAUUGCCAGCGGCGCCGACAUCGCCGACUGCGUGGUCCAGUUCGCGCGGAGGCGCCAGCGCGGCGUGUCCAUUCUCAGCGGCAGCGGGGCCGUCGUGAACGUUACUCUCCGCCAGCCCACGGCUCCUGGCGCCGUCAUGGCUCUCCACGGCCGCUUCGAUAUCCUUUCCCUCACCGGCUCGUUUCUCCCCGGACCUUCCCCUCCCGGUGCCACCGGUCUCACCAUCUAUCUGGCAGGAGGCCAGGGACAGAUCGUUGGCGGCGGGGUGGUGGGCCCACUGGUGGCGGCUGGUCCAGUUUUGAUAAUGGCGGCUACGUUUUCCAAUGCAACUUACGAGAGAUUGCCCUUGGAGGAGGAUGAUCAGGAGCAGGGUGGUGGCGGCGGGUCUCCGCCGGGGAUGGGAGGCGGUCCUGGCGAAGCUUCGUCGUCAAUUUCGGUGUAUAAUAAUAAUGUUCCUCCGAAUCUGGAUCUUCCAAACGAGCAACAGGUGAACCAUGAAGCUUAUUCUUCUCCUUGGGGUCAUGCUCCUCAUGCCAGACCUCCUUUCUAAAGAUGAACAUGGAUUUUCUCAAAUCAAUCAAACACUAUAUUACUCUUCAGAAGGAUCAUAUAUGAGUCUUACUUAGUUCAGCCAGUUAAUUAAUUACCUUCUAGACUUUAUUUAAAUAUAAGAAUAAUAUUAAUAUUAAUAUUAA